UUCCCCGGACUCGGCGACAUGGAGUGCGCUGCGGCGGGGGCCGAGUUCAACAUCCUUCUCGCCACCGAUUCCUACAAGGUUACACAUUACAAGCAAUAUCCACCUAACACAAGCAAAGUAUAUUCCUACUUUGAAUGUCGUGAAAAGAAGACUGACAAUUCCAAAUUAAAGAAAGUGAAAUAUGAAGAAACAGUUUUUUAUGGCUUGCAGUACAUUCUGAAUAAAUAUUUAAAAGGUAAAGUGGUGACCAAAGAGAAAAUCAAGGAAGCCAAAGAAGUAUAUAGGGAGCAUUUUCAAGAUGAUGUCUUCAAUGAAAAGGGAUGGAACUAUAUUCUAGAGAAAUAUGAUGGCCAUCUUCCCAUAGAAAUAAAGGCUGUUCCUGAGGGUUCUGUAAUUCCCAGAGGAAAUGUUCUUUUCACAGUAGAAAACACAGAUCCAGAGUGCUACUGGCUCACAAAUUGGAUUGAGACUAUUCUUGUGCAGUCAUGGUACCCAAUCACAGUGGCUACAAACUCUAGAGAGCAGAAAAAGAUUUUGGCCAAAUAUUUGCUGGAGACUUCUGGCAGCUUGGAAGGACUGGAAUAUAAACUGCAUGACUUUGGCUACAGAGGAGUUUCUUCACAAGAGACUGCAGGAAUAGGAGCUUCAGCUCAUUUGGUGAACUUCAAAGGAACAGACACUGUAGCAGGAAUUGCAUUAAUUAAAAAGUACUAUGGUACAAAAGAUCCAGUUCCAGGAUAUUCUGUUCCAGCUGCUGAACACAGUACCAUAACAGCUUGGGGAAAAGAUCAUGAAAAAGAUGCUUUUGAACACAUAGUAACACAGUUUUCUUCAGUGCCUGUAUCUGUGGUUAGUGACAGCUAUGACAUUUACAAUGCUUGUGAAAAAAUAUGGGGUGAUGACCUAAGGCAUAUAAUUGAAGCCCGAAGUCCAGAGGCACCACUUAUUAUUAGACCAGAUUCUGGGAAUCCCCUUGACACUGUUCUAAAGGUCUUGGAGAUCUUGGGGAAGAAGUUUCCCAUUACAGAGAAUUCAAAAGGCUAUAAGUUGUUGCCACCGUAUCUCAGAGUUAUUCAAGGGGAUGGUGUGGAUAUCAACACGUUGCAAGAGAUUGUGGAGGGAAUGAAGAAGAAUAAAUGGAGUAUUGAGAAUAUUGCCUUUGGAUCUGGUGGAGCCUUGUUGCAGAAACUAACCAGAGACCUCUUAAACUGUUCCUUCAAAUGCAGUUAUGUGGUGACCAAUGGCCUUGGGGUAAAUGUCUUCAAAGAUCCUGUAGCUGAUCCCAACAAAAGGUCAAAGAAAGGACGGCUGUCAUUGCAUAGGACACCUGCUGGAGAGUAUGUGACACUUGAGGAAGGCAAGGGAGAUCUUGAAGAGUAUGGACAGGACCUGCUUCACACUGUAUUUAAGAAUGGAAAGGUAACGAAGUCAUAUUCAUUUGAUGAAGUAAGACAAAAUGCCAGGCUGAAGAACAGUGAAUUACAAACAGCAUCUCACUAAGUUCCAUUCCAUGUCCGUGUAUGUGUGUGUAACUAGUUCGUACUGCAUAGCUACUGGUUUAUUGUACAGAUUUGUGUGUUUGUGUUUUAUGACAUUGUAGCCAAAUUAUUUGUUGGUUUAUGGACAUACUGCCCUAUCUUUUGCCAGUCUUUAGAAGAUGAAAUCAGGAAAUGGUACUUACCUUGUAAAACAUAUUUAAUGCUAAAGUGUGCUUUUUAGGGCCCUUUGCCAGUAGUGAUUCAAUCUGGUAUUGAUCUUUUCACAAAUGAGACAGAGCUGAGAAACUUUUUUAUAUAUAACAGAAUAUCACAAAAUGGAUUUACAUAAAAUUAUCAUGAUUGCUUUAUGUUUAUAUUUAACUUGUAUUUUUGUACAAACAAGAUUGUGUAAAAUAUAUUUAAAGUUUCAAUAAUUAAGUCUUUCCAACUUUUCAUGAUUUUUAUGAGCACAGACUUUCAAGAAAAUAUUUAGUGGGGGGGAAUCCAUUGCCUUUUGUCCAUUAAUCAGCAAAUAAAACAUGGCCUUAAAAGUUUGUUGUGACAUUGUUCCAUUUGACAACUAAAUCAGGACUCGUAUCUCCUUAAGAUCCCAUAGAGUUGCUGACCUCACCAUUUCUUGUAGUUGUCUGUAUUAGUAAAUCUGCAUUAAACAAAAUUGCUGUUCUUACUAGAAGGUUUAGGUAUUACAGACCUUGCUGGCCCAGUAAGGUAUGUAAGUGAAAUGCCAAAUUUGAAAGGAUUCUCUACUGCAACUUAAUUUGCCAAGUCUAUCCCACUUGGUAUAUGCACCUCAAUAUUUUAAGAGUAAAGUUUUUAAGAGAUCUCCUCUUCCACUAUAGAAUAUAUGUGUAAAAUACUGAAAUACAGAAGCGGUGUAUUUUAAAGUAAUUACACUUCUGGGUUUAUUUUUCAUAUACUGUAAGUGACAUGAAUAUAAAGCAAAAUACUGGACUGGGUAGUGCACUUUUUUACUUUUUUGUAUUUUUUCAUUGAUUUGCCUUUUGUCUGACUGGAUGUUGAAUUGUAAAAAUGUUUAACUAUUUUUGUUAACAACUUUAAUAAAACUAUGCUAGCCAAACUCCUACAUGAAUGGCAGACCUGUUUCCCCUUCUCACCACAUCCAUUUGUGGUGAGGAGAGGCUUUUAUUUUGCAGAGGGUAACUGUAAAACAAUGUGUUUGAGAGAUACUUUUGAACUGUCUGCACAUGAUUGUAUUUGCUCUCUGCAUAUGCUUGAUAUGAGUAUCUGCUGGAAAAUGAAACCGUUGAGGAUUUUAUUUGAGAAGCUAUGUAGUAACCUCUGAAAUAUUUGAUAGUACUGUAGGAUGGCUCUCACUAGAAAAGUACCUCCCUUAUAAAAAAACACCAACAACAAAAGCAAAUAGUUCCUGUUCUGCUGGCGAUCAACUAUCAGCCAAAUGCUUAAUAUACUGAUGUAAUUAAUGCUUCUAAUUAGCAGAUGAUGUUACUGGAAAAUGUUAAAGCCUACAAUAAUUUAAGCGUGCAAAAUUUUAUAAAAUGUGCUUUUAAAGGAAGAUUGAAAAGCCAUACUUCAUUGUUCUUACUCUCUCACCAAAAAGGGCCACAUCAAAGCAUCCAUAAUAUUUCCAGGGUUUGUGGUUAAGAAGUUUAUGCCCAGUCUCAAUAGUUCUUGUUAAUAAAAACUUGUUUUUCACUGGUAGUGUAUGUAAUUAUACAUUUAAGUGAUGUAUUGUUUCAAGAAUAGUGUUUUAGAAAAAAUAAAUGCUGACCUUUUACACUGAAGAACUGCCUUCCCUUAGCUAUUAAUUAUAUUGUUUGGUUUUGGCCAGGAAAGAUUUUGAAUCUGGACUUAGGAUCAGUAGCAGGUAAACAGUACAGAGCCUAUUUCACUCCUCCACAUGUGUACUGGGGAAUUUUAUGAUGUAUGGUUUAAAAAACAAUAAAGUAAAUGCUGCUUUCAUUCUGUACCAAUAAAAAUUUUGAUAACUGUUGACUACCCAUAACUGAUAUUUUUGUACUUGAGAACUGAGGAUAUACUGUGGAAGCACUGUUUUCAUGUGUACCAUGAAAUACAUUAUAAUUGUUCAGUAUUGUCUAAAACUUUUCAGCUUAUUAGUUGGAAACUCAAAGCAAAUACUCUACUUGUGCAUGUCACUUUCAGAAAGUUGUAACAUCACUCAUUUUACUAAAUGUUAAUAACUUUAAAAGAAAAAAAAAAAAGAAAAACACCUGGUGCUAUUCAGACCUGAACACUUGUCUCUUUGUGUUUGGCAGUUUGACAUUUUGGGCAUCAAGGAGUCAACAGAAAUUACUGCAGUGCUUGAACCAUACAAUAUCCUAAUUCUUCCACAUGAAAGCAAACAGCAUGUUUGUUUGCUUUAAAAUGCUAGAUUUGUAGUCAUUGAUAUAUUUUAAUUAUCCCCAUUUCAUAAUAUAAUACAGUAUUUGUAUUUAAAAAUAGGAAUUGGGAAUUUUGUGUUUACUACUCUGAUUUGUAACCAUAUUUAGCAUAAGAAAUGGAUUUUGUAAGACUAUUUUUUUCUUCAGCUGCAUGAUUAUUAAAAAAAAAAAAAGAAGAUAAGUUUUUGGUACUUUGAAAGAUCUGAGGAGAGAACAGAAGAGUACUUAACUGUUUGGUUUGCCAAAAUCAAAACAAAGCUUAAACAGUUCUUUUCUUAUAGGUUUUUACAUUCCUUCUUGUUCAGUGAAGAAUAAGUAUUCCUCACUUAAAUCCUCUGUUAAAGCGAUUUUAAUGUACUUGGCAUCAAAUACAAGUAUGUAAUACACAUGGAAAUAAAGUUUAGUUCUGGCAGUGAAAAUCAUAGCCAUCUGACUGUGUCUUAAAGUUCUGAUGUUGGGCAUCAGAAGCCAUCCUGUGCUCUUUGUUGCCAAACACAGGCCAGAGCAGGGCUGUGCUGUCAUUGCAUUCCUUUAAGGAGAGCUGCUUACAUAAAUGUGCAACCAGUUCAGCUCUAGAGAAGAGAAAGCAAACUGGGCUCUUUUUUUCUUUUUUGGUGUGUGUGUGUGUGUGUGUGUGUGGGGGUGUUUGUGGUUUUGGGGAUUUGGUUUGGUUUGGUUUUUGGGGGGGUUUUCCUGCUGUUUUAUUUAUUUUUUUUUCCUUUUUUGGUGUGAGUGUAUCCAUGCUUCAGCAUUUUGUCUGUUUGCGCUUAAAAGUAAAACACUUGUUUUUGAAUUUGAUAUAAGAAAUUAUCCUCUAUAUUUGACAUAAUCCUUUCUCAAAUAAAGUUUCACUAUUUAAAUUUUAAUGUCACUAGAAUGCUUGUUUAAAGGCAAAUUAACCAUCAGUGUUGCAUCCUGCAGUUCACUGCAGUACUGUGGAAAAUAAUGUCAGCUCUUUAGCAGAGAGAGUCCUUUGGGCAGGAUUUUUGUAACUAGAAGUUGCACUUGAACUCCUGUGUGACUUGAGGCUGCAGCAGGUACCUUUCCAGCACCAGUGUGUCAGUAAGGGUGGAUAAGGCACCUCCUGUAAUGAGAUCAUCGUU